GUCAAAGCUCUGCUACGGCAAGUUGUUCGUGGCUUCUAUCAGCCGAAACACUGUAUUCUGCUAGACAUCAUCCUCAAGCACUCGGCCAUCCGUGACGACUACAUAUCGCUCAUCAUGGGUCUACAGAAUCAAGAGAUCCGCAAGCUCUGCGGUCGGCUCCGGGAAGACAGACUCAUCACAAUGCAGACCAAGGUUGAGUAUAAAGACGGGCAAACGAGGCCAAUCAAUAGGUCUUACUACUACGUGGAUUAUCGAGAUGCGACAGACGCAAUCAAGUUCCGGCUACACAAGCUCGUCAGGGUGAUCGAGGAGAAGUCAAGGAACGACUUCGACUCAAAGGGCUAUGUCUGCCCGUAUUGUGCUAGACGGUAUGGACCUUUGGACGUCCUCCCGCUUGUUGCGUCAGAUGGGCAAGGGUUCAACUGUGCAGACUGUGGAGCAUUGCUGGCCGACGACGAAGAGUCGCUUGAAAGUCGAGCGUCACAAGAACGCUUGGGACGGCUUCAAAAACAGACGAGUAAGAUUAUCAGUACCCUCAAGGAGAUUGACGCAAGCUUUGUGCCAAAUAACGACUUCAACUCUGCUUUGCAGCAGGCUAUCCUGCCAUCAGAACUGCUCGAUACGGCAGGAAACACAAAAGUCACUAGAUCAACCAACUCGAUGGCGGCCGAAGUGACGACAACUGCAGCCCUGGGGGUCUCUAUUGACUAUGAUGCUCUUCAAACCGAGUCGCCAGUAGAGAAGGCAAGAAGGCUAGAGCAAGCGCAGAAGAAUCAGUUGCCUGACUGGCACAUGCAAUCUACCAUUUCUGGAGAGUCCAUCACCGCGCAAGAGCCAUCGGCCCUGGAGUCCGACGAAGAGGAGACUAAGUUGACGAGAUUGGAUGCCUCGACAGAGAACGAAGUGGAGGCUUAUUACAGAUCACUAAAGGCACAG